AUGGAAGCAGCAUUGUACAAGGACUUCAAAGUCUCUCGAGGGCUUACUUACCAUUAUUUCUACUCCCCGGCGGCGGCGGGGUACCCAACGCUCCUCUUCUUGCACGGCUUUCCUUCCAGCUCGUUCCUCUGGCACAAGCAGGUGGAAUACUUCCGGCCGAAGGGCUAUGGUAUCCUUGCACCAGACAACAUCGGCGUGGGCGGGACGUCCAAGCCAGAAGACCCAGAAGUAUUCCGCUUCGCCCUAAUCGCGCGGGACAUUGUCGAUCUGCUUGACGCCGAGGGCUUGGGCAAAGUCGUCGGGAUCGGACACGACUGGGGUUCCGCUAUCUUGUCGCGCAUGGCGAACCUGUUCGACGAGCGUUUCCACGCGUAUGCUUGGAACGCCAUUGGGUACUGGCCUCCGCGGCCGUCUCCGAUAGACAUCGACGUCCUCAUCGAACAGAUGAAGGAGCAGACCGGGGACCCGCGGUUCGGCUACUGGAAGUUUUUCAAUUUGGAUGACGCAUAUGUGCUCUGCGACCAGAACAUCGACUCGUUCGUGCAACUUCUCUACCCAGAGUUCCCUGAGCUGUGGUUGAGGUGGAUCACCCCGGUGGGGAAGACCCAGCAGUGGCUUGAGGAGAAUCGCCAGCCUGGGAUUCCUGCUUGGCUGACAAAGGAUGAAUAUCGUACUGUGCGGGAGACUCUUGUCAAAAGCGGUCUCAAGUCGUCCCUCAAUUUCUACAAAGUGAUGGUCAGAAACCUGAACGUCCAAGACGACAAGAAGAUCCCCCUGGAGGCCUGGAAGAUUAACAAACCGGCGCUGUGCAUCCUUACGCUCCGUGACGCUGCGGGCGCGCCCGUCAUACAGAGGCCGUACAUAGAGCAGUACCUCCCUCACGCGAAGGUGGUCGAGCUGGACGUCGGGCACUGGGUCCAAUUCGAGGCGACCGAGCGCCUUAAUGCGGAGUUGGGGAGCUGGAUCGAAGGGCUGGGUCUGCGAAGCUCUGCUUAA